ACAUGCUGCUUAAAAACUGAAGCAACCUGGUGGGGCUGGUCAAACAGGUUAUGAGGAGUUUCUCUCUCUUUAUGUCAGAGGUACUUGUCAGUCAAAUCAGAAAUGGUCAGCCUCAUGAAAUAAUGUCAACUUAUAUGUCACUGUAAAAUGAACUAAUAAUCUAAUCAUAAGUGUAAUCAUAUAAUGUUUGGAGUUUGACUGUGAUGUGAGGCUCCUUAGAAACUAACUGUAAUCAAUGUUUUCCUACCAAAGUAAACAGGCCUAGUUAACUAAUGCAGGGUCCAAAGAGGAUAGACUGGUUUUUCCACCUCUGAAGAUGUGACUGGCGAUGUAAAGUAAGAACAAUGUGGGGUUUUCCCAAACAUUUCAUCAUUAAGUAAUGCAAACAUCCAGUCUCACCCCACCCUCUGUUUAUUAGCAUUACAUACAGCUAAAUAGAAAAAUUGUUUGAAAAAACAUUUGUCAUCAUCACAGCGCAGUGAGGGCAACAGUGACGUGUAUGACGCUACUCUGCGCCAUAUUGACUAGUGGCAGCCGGCUAGCUGGACGAGAGGCUAGCAGAUGUGGAUUCAACUUUCAAGGAUGUUUAUUAGGGGUCAUCAGAUCCUGACCUGGUCUUGUCCCAUAAGGCCACUGCUGCUAUUGAGAGAGUCUCACCUAACUGCUUUUUCUGAGCAUGCUGGUGCUGGUUGGCAUACUGCAAGAGAGCUGAAGGAAAGGAGAUAUGAGGGGUCAUCAUUGUCCGCAGAGACUGUAUCCUGUUCAACACAGCUGUCUUUUUUUAGCUGGGACUGUGGUAACCAUACGCUGAGAGAGGCUUCAUUUCACAAUCUCACAUCCAAAGCCAAUUUGUCCAGCCAUCAGCCACCCCCCCAGGUUCCUGCUUCUGGAAAAUCCAAACUAGCAUCUAAUCCUUGGAAGUGCACUGUAGUGGAAGAUUUAGCUCAAAAUCCCAAAGCUGUGAGCACUUACCGGGACUGUUUAACCAACACCACUUGCCUUCAGCCCUGGAGAAGGCUUUGGAACAUUUGCCAACCUUCACACAGUUUCCCCAAUAAGACUCAAUGUACUUAUCUUCAAAGCCAUUUAUAUUACAGACAGCUCUUUGUAAGACCUCUCAGCUUGUCCACAUGUAAGCCAUGGAUUUUGAACCACUUUCACAGUAGACCACAACACUACAGCCUCUCUUUUCACCAAACCAGAGCUGUUCAUCAGGCUGCUCCUCAUGUGGCGGACGGAUGGAGAGGCUGUCUAUCCCCGGAGAAUGAAAACAGGUGUCGACUGAGGCUAGGGCCCAACUUGAAGCUCUACGAAGUGGAAAAGGGGAGAAAAGGGGCAAGUCAGAGUCAGGGAAAGAACCAGGGGAAAUGGGCGUCUGUUCUGGUCUCUCUCUGCUCUGUUGAGGGGGAGCCAGCAUUUCUCUUCACCCUGCGCUCCAGCACACUGAAGGGCAGGCACAAGGGAGAUGUCAGCUUUGCAGGAGGGAAGAGUGAUCCAUCAGACAGAGAUGUUGUGGUCACUGCACUGAGGGAAGCCCAGGAGGAGCUGGGUGUUAAUGUGGCAACAGAUCGGGUCUGGGGUGUCUUGAAGCCUCUCAGAGACAUGUCAGGGAUGAUGAUUGCUCCUGUUCUGGCUAACCUAGGUCCUUUAGAAGAGUUGUCCUUCAAACCAAACCCUGGAGAGGUCGAGGAGAUCUUCACAUUGUCCUUGUCCCACUUGUGCAACCCUCACAACCGUGGCUACACACACUUCCGCACCGGUGACAAGUACGGAUACACACUCCCUGUGUUUCGUAAUGGGAAGCAUCGAGUGUGGGGCCUGACAGCCGUGGCCCUGGACCAGACCCUUAAGCUUAUUGUCCCGUCGUAGCGACUGCCUCGAUCACAGCUCUGCUAAAGCACACCCAUCAAGAUUUGAUCAGGACAAAUGUGCAAUCAACCUUUGUGUAGCAAAAGCAUGUCAGGAAUCAGAGUGAAUACAAAACAGAUUUUUAUUCACCCAUUCUCAUUCAUAAAGUUACAUUUAUUUCCUUCCUGGGAAUUUCACAGUAAGGAGGAGACUGUUCUCAUUUACGCACUUUCUGAACCUCGGGGGUAUAAGAAUCUUUGUUGAAUAGAUCAGGUGUAUAAAGACGGUGGCCAGCUGUGUUGAUGUCGGAGAUAAAACAGUAAUUUGAUUUGUAGAACAUGUAAGAAGCAAAAACAGUAUUUUAAUACACCUGAAUUCCUACCUGAACACCUUUAGUAUGAAGACUACAGACUUCCUUUAUUUUUUUUAAUUGUUACAAAUCCUGCUUUAAUUCAGCUUCAGAUCUUCUGUACCAGCAGUUACCAAUUAAAUGCAUUUUAACAAGUUAAA